AUGAACGAAAGCGAAUACCGGAUCGGAAGCAUUCCUGUGCUAUAUACUGAUGCAACACCACCAAGUGAUGCUGGAGCUCGAUAUAAGGCCCUCAAUCCACGUACCAUUUUGCUUCCUGUUGGCUACAAAAAAGAGCCCGACUGCAGGACUUGGGAGGUAGAAACCGUGUUUGAACAGGAAAUUCCCAUUCCCUUAGGCGACGGGGUCAUCAUACGCGCAGAUGUCUUCCGUCCUGCCGACACGCCUAUGGUGCCCGCUGUUGUGCAUUGUUCGCACUAUGGGAAAUCUGGCACAGGGUCCCAAGGGAACUCGAGGUAG